AUGUCUUCAGAAGGAGCAACUCCAGUGCUGGGACCAGAUAUGACCAUGAAUCCUGGUGCCUCCAUGUCUCCUUUCACUGCACUGCCCUUUCCCGCGCACACUCCUGGACCUCCACAGCAAACACCCUGGAUGCAGCACCCACUGCCCCUCAUGACUUCAUCAUGCCUUCCAGGCACCCCUCUUGGGCUCUCUGCUUUCCCCAGGACACUUCUUGUGCCCAGCACUGGGGAUUCUGGCCCCAGUGGGGCCAGGCCUGCAAAGGUCAUUGUUCAAGUGAGGACAGAAGGGAGUUCAGCAGAGCUCCCUGGAAUUCAGACCUUCGUCAUGCGGCAGACCCCACUUAAUUGGAGUGCCCCAGGGGCUCCCAGUGGGGAAGUUGAGCGUGCCCCACCCCCUUUUGGGGAAGCCUCUGCUGUGAUCCCUGACACUUCUGUUGUGGCUACUCAGGCUUGUAGGAGAGUUUGGUCCCCAGCUCUUUCUCUUCAAGCUCCACCACCAGCUGCCCAGCUGGCCUCCAUUUUCCCCCAAGUGAAGGCUUGCUCAGGCCAACACGCUUCUUCUGGGGAGAAAAGCCUGGCCGUCACACAAUCCAGGCCUUCGCUGGAUGACUCCUCCUGUAAUCCCCAGAGUGUUUACCAGAACUACCGACGUUGGCAAUGCUUCAAGUCUCUGGCCCGGAGGCACCAUCCCCAAAGCCCUGAUACAGAAGCUCUUUCCUGCUUUCUCAUCCCAGUCCUGCGAUGCCUGGCUAGACUGAAGCCCACCAUGACCCUGGAGGAGGGACUCUGGCGGUCUGUACAGGAAUGGCAGCGCAAAAGCAAUUUUGACCGGAUGAUCUUCUAUGAGAUGGCAAAAAAGUUCAUGGAGUUUGAGGCAGAGGAGGAGUUACAGAUUCAGAUGUUGCAGCAGAGGAAUGUGUCUGUCUGCCUGCUUCCUCCGGCUCCACGCAAUCUUGAUCCUCACAGGCCUUCAUCCACUGUGGCUGCCCAGCAUCCAGUGUUCAUUCCAAAGAAGGGAGUUUCCAUGGCACAGCCCCCUAAGCAACAUCGACACAGAACCGAGCACCCUUGGGAGCCCAAGCGGUCCCAGGAAAUCCCUCCCGAAGCUAUCAAAGAGGAUGUUGAGAUCAUGGAAGAUCUCCUUGGAACUGCCCAUUCAGCCACUGUGGAGCCAGAUGGAAAAUAUGAAGAAGAAGAAAAUGAGCAACAACAGGAAGAGGAUGAGCUGUAUCCAGAUCCGGGACUCCUGAGCUACAUUGACAAGCUGUGUGCACAGGAAGGAUUUAUCACCAAGGUGGAAGCAGUUAUUCACCCUCAGUUCCUGGAAAUGUUACUAUCACCAGAAUCACAGGUAGAUCCCCUGUCCUUAAGGCAGGAGCUGGAGGAAGAGGAAGGACUCACUCUCACUCAGCUGGUAGAGAAGCGACUGCUGGAAUUGAAAGGAAACGUGGGUGUGGAGGCAUCCCCAACUUAUGGUGUGCCAACCAGGGAGUCACCUUGUACAGAGUCUGGGACCAGUCAAGAUGCAGGGAGCACAGAUAACCACAACAGCCAACUACAGACGAGCAAGAAAAUGAGCACAAAAAAGUUGGAUGAAGAAGACCUGCCAAAAGAUGGCAGCGGACACAGUCAUCUGUCUACGUCAAAAGAACUUGCUCUCUUUACAUGGAGUCCCAUGUCACAGGAACUUAAGUCUGAACAAUCAACUUCUCCUCAAUGGCGUCCUAGUCGCACCUACCCUAGAUUGGGAAACAGAGGAACCUUAACGUCCUUACAAGCCUCUCCUAUUAGUGAAACACCUGGGAAAGGAGAAGGGUCCAGUGAAGAAGAAAAGGAAGAGGAGGAACUCCCCAGCCUUGACUUCCUCUUGGCAUCUCAAGAAAGCCUACUGCCCUGGAGUCUUUGCAAGAGUCCUCUGCCUGCCUCCAGCAUUCUGCACCAUGGAGUUCGGGGUACCUGGAGAGCAUCCCAGCUCCGAUCUCCGGAGACAGAAGGAAUUUCAUUCAACCGAAUUGGGAAGGUCCAUCCUGCUGUGGUCAAGGAGACUGACCUCAGACACUCAGCCAGCGCAAGCAGGCUGCACACCGAUGCCGCUGACAAGAGAAUGAGCAACCACGGGGAAGAACUGACUGUUUUUGGAGCCUGGAGCCAGCAUCCCAGUCAGAAAACCUUGCAGCUGGGCUUUGGACUAAGCGCAGAGGAGCUGAGCAUGGCUUCCCGAGAUGGUGCAAGCACGGGACAGGACGCAGGCCUGACCCUGGGGGCAAUCUCGACCCAGCCAGCGCACACAGGCUAUAUGCUCCUCUGGAAUCUCAGAUAA